ACGUAUCGCGAUUGCGCGUGAGCGCCCGGUAUAUCGUUCAGCUCGUGCUCUCUGCUCCGCGUUGCUUCACCGAGCGCGCGUGCAUUUACCUGCUGGAUCGCCGCGCACGCGCCAGCGCAAAUGGACGGAAGGACGGAUGGAUAGAUGGAGUGAUAGAAUGAGAUAAAAAGAGGAGAGCGCGAUAAGAAGUUGGAUGAUUUUGUCCACGCGCACACGCGAGAUGAUGCAGAGCUUUUAUCGACUCUCUCUUCCUCUGUCCGCUCGAGCUGCUGGUGAUCAUGUAGCUGCUGCAUUUUCCCAAGAUCUGCGAGAACCCCAGGCGAUGCAGAUGAUCCGCUGUGUGAUGGAGGGAUUUCUUUCACUCUUUACAGCGAGUUGGAAUGGAAUUUUUGGUCAAAUGCAAAGUGGUUUGUUUGGAGGAAGAAAAGAGAGACGUGUUUAAUGUGUGAUGUUUAAUGCAAGAAAAAAAAAGUGCUCGAGAUGAGAAAGGAGAAAUAAAUGCAGCCCCGUGUGAGGAUUUUACAGUUUAUUACAGAGCAAUACAUCAGCAGACUAUUUAAAGCCAUUUCCUUUCCAGAACCGACCCUGAAGAACAAAGAGUGUAAAGACUGAAGAGCGCCUCAGUGAGAGGAUUCAUGUAGAGCUGCUUUAUUUCUUUACACUGAUUUCCUCAGUUUUACACACUCACUUUGUUGGAUUGGGCAAAACCAGGAUCUUCUCAUCCUUCCGACUUGUUGUUUGCAGUGUGUUGUGCUUGUGGAGUAGUUUUGGAGUUAUGUAAGACCUACUUUAUGAUCCGUUGGGAAAACGCACUUCAGUGGGUGGACGCUGUAUUUUGGUGAAGGAUCUUUAUUUAGAAAGAAUCAGCAUCGUCCCGUUUUAGCGCUUUGCAGCAGCGGAAAUUGGAUGUCAGACAAGGUCUCUACAGCGUCACGAUGACCUCGGAAGAGGGGCCCGGACCGCUGGCCGUGGGUCAGAUGGGAGCUGGGCUGUGUGAAGACUACGGCCCUGUUCAAAGGGAUGACAUCAUAGAGGAGGUGGGGCCAGGUGAUGAUGUCAGCAGUGACCUCAGCACGUUGGUGGUGCCCUUCCCGGAGCUGGCGCCUGUGGUCUUCUUCUGCCUCAAGCAGACCACAUGUCCUCGCAACUGGUGCAUCCGCAUGGUGUCCAGCCCGUGGUUCGAGCGAGUCAGCAUCAUGGUGAUCCUGCUGAACUGUGUGACUCUGGGGAUGUACCAACCGUGUGAGAACAUCGACUGCACCUCAGACCGCUGUCAAAUCCUUCAGGCGUUUGAUGCGUUUAUUUACAUCUUCUUCGCUCUGGAGAUGGUGGUGAAGAUGGUGGCUCUGGGGAUCUUCGGCCGUCGCUGUUACCUUGGCGAUACAUGGAACAGGCUGGACUUUUUCAUCGUCAUGGCAGGGAUGGUAGAAUACUCCCUUGAUCUCCAGAACAUCAACCUCUCCGCCAUCAGGACAGUGCGAGUACUCAGACCACUCAAAGCCAUCAACAGAGUUCCCAGUAUGCGGAUCCUGGUGAACCUGCUCCUGGACACUCUGCCCAUGCUCGGAAACGUGCUGCUACUCUGCUUCUUUGUCUUCUUCAUCUUUGGCAUCAUUGGUGUGCAGCUGUGGGCGGGGCUUCUGCGCAACCGCUGCUACCCUGAGGAUAACUUCACACUUCCGUCUGGAGUCACGCUCCCCACCCCCUACUACCAGCCUCAGGAGGCAGAUGAGCGACCCUUCAUCUGCUCAUUAGCUCAGGAUAACGGGAUCGUGUCAUGCUCUGACAUUCCCCAACUGAGGGAGGGAGGGACAGAGUGCUGUUUGGAUAAAGAAGAUGCUCUUCAGGCCGUUGGAUCAGAAUCGUUUUCCAACACCAGUGCAAUGGGGCUCUGCGUCAACUGGAACCAGUACUACACCCGCUGUGAGACUGGAAACAGCAACCCCCACAAGGGUGCCAUUAAUUUUGACAACAUCGGCUAUGCUUGGAUUGUCAUCUUUCAGGUUAUCACAUUGGAAGGCUGGGUGGAGAUCAUGUACUACGUGAUGGAUGCUCACUCCUUCUACAACUUCAUCUACUUCAUCCUGCUCAUCAUUAUCGGCUCGUUCUUCAUGAUUAACCUGUGCCUGGUGGUCAUCGCCACGCAGUUCUCAGAGACGAAGCAGCGAGAGCAUCAGCUGAUGCAGGAGCAGCGAGCUCGCUGUUUGUCCUCCAGCACGUUGGCGUCUCUCACCGAGCCGGGCGACUGCUACGAGGAACUCUUCCAGCUGGUGUGUCACGUCCUCCGUAAGGCUCGCCGACGCUCCGUCGCCCUGUACUACACGCUCAGAGGGAAAGCCCCGCCUCCUGGAGGAGGGCGGGGUCGGAGAAGGGGAGGGGUUAAAGCUAUCAGAGGCGAGAUACAACAGUGUCGCUCUACUCAGGGUGAGGAAGUGUCUCACUGUCCUCACCACAGUAAAGUGGAGCACAGCACUCAGACUCUGGAUAAUUCUGUCCCUCUAGCCGUUCCUCCGAACCCUGAAGAUUGUCCUGAGUGCACUGCCCUGUCAAUCAGGGAGGGGGCGGGGCCAGGAGAGGACUUAGAGGAGGAGGAGGAAGAGGAUGAUGAAGAAGAAGUGGAUGGUCAGAAGAAAAAGAAGAAGAAAAAGAAGAAGAGGCGCUCCUGCUUUUGGAAAUGUAAGGACUUAUGGGAUGAGAUGAGACUGAAACUGUGGAGCAUCGUCGAAAGCAAAUAUUUUAACCGAGGAAUCAUGAUGGCCAUCCUCAUCAACACCAUCAGCAUGGGCAUCGAACACCACAACCAGGUAAAGCACAUCACCUUUAACCUCUCACCAGUAAUGUCUGCACUGUGAUUGGUGUUGUGUUUAUCUCACUUCUUCUGUGUGUGUGUGUGUGUGUGUGUGUGUGUGUGUGUCAGUGUGUGUGAGAUCAUCGGGCAGUCUGAUGGAGGUCUCUCCGUGUUGAGGACGUUCAGGUUGUUGAGGGUGAUAAAGCUGGUGCGCUUCAUGCCGGCUCUGCGCAGGCAGCUUGUCGUACUCAUGAAGACCAUGGACAAUGUGGCGACCUUCUGCAUGCUCCUCAUGCUCUUCAUCUUCAUUUUUAGUAUUUUGGGAAUGCACAUAUUCGGCUGUAAGUUCAGUCUGAAGACAGAAGCUGGAGAUACGGUUCCUGAUCGGAAAAACUUUGACUCUCUGCUGUGGGCCAUCGUCACUGUGUUUCAGAUCCUGACUCAGGAGGACUGGAACAUGGUUCUGUAUAACGGCAUGGCCUCCACGUCUCCUCUCGCUGCUCUCUACUUCGUGGCGUUGAUGACGUUUGGGAACUACGUCCUGUUCAACCUGCUGGUGGCCAUCCUGGUGGAGGGAUUUCAGGCCGAGGGUGAUGCUAACAGGUCGUACUCAGACGACGAUCGCUCCUCCUGUAACUUUGAUGAAAAGGAGAAAGAGAAAGAUCCUCUCCAGCUGUCAGAUCCUAAAAUCUGCACUCUGACCCCUAACGGUCAUCUGGACCUGGCGCCGAUGCCCAACGCUCUGGGAGUUUACCCUGCUGAGCGGCUAAGCUUUGCUUUGGGCUCCAGAAAGAGCAGUGUGAGUUCCCUCGGGAGAACUGGUCUGGAGCAGAGAGCUCUGUGUCCAAGUGGAGGAUCUCUGUACAGUUGGACUCGUCCGGUUCCUCAGGGUUUCUCGUGGAGCCGCAGGUCGAGCUGGAACAGCGUGGGGCGGACGAGCCGGAGUGUGGGGGUGGGCACAGGGGGCAGUCUGAGGGUGCGAGGCCCUCACUCAUACCAGGCUGAGCAUGAAUCCCUCCUUCUCUCUCCCCCUCCUCUACACCCUCAUCAUCCUCAUCAUCCUCCCCCUCCGCUCUUCUCCAGACACUUCGUCCCCCGUAGGGAUCGCCGUGCUCUCUCUCUGGAGCUCCCUGAGCUUCUCCAGGUCCCAGGAGCUCCACUCACCUCUCUGCACUCACAUCAGCGCAAGAAAAGUUUCUCAGGAGGACCGUCGGGUGCGCAGGAGCAUCAGGACUGCAACGGUAAGACGCCGGCAGCACAGCAGCAGAUCCUCAGUGAAGUUUAUCCACAAGUCAACACUCGCAAAGACCGAGAGGACCUGGAGGAUGAGAUCGACUACAGUUUAUGCUUCAGGAUCCAGAAGAUGAUUGAAGUUUAUCGUCCUGAUUGGUGUGAGACGAGAGAAGACUGGAGCGUUUUCCUCUUCUCACCUCGGAACAAGUUCAGGUUGAUGUGUCAGUCCAUCAUCGCCCAUAAGCUGUUCGACUACGUGGUGUUAGCCUUCAUCUUCUCCAACUGCAUCACUGUGGCUCUGGAGAGACCCAAAAUCCUCCAGGGCAGUUUGGAGAGACUUUUCCUCACCAUCUCUAAUUACAUCUUCACUGCGAUCUUCGUGGGUGAAAUGACUCUGAAGGUGGUGUCGAUGGGGUUGUACCUGGGUGAUCAAGCGUACCUGCGCAGCAGUUGGAACAUCCUCGAUGGCUUCUUGGUCUUUGUCUCGUUGAUUGACAUCGUGGUGUCGAUGGCGGGUGGAGCUAAGAUCCUGGGGGUUCUCAGGGUUCUCAGGCUCCUGCGCACGCUGCGCCCCCUCAGGGUUAUCAGUCGAGCUCCAGGCCUGAAGCUCGUGGUGGAGACUCUGAUAACGUCUCUGAAGCCCAUCGGGAACAUCGUUCUUAUCUGCUGUGCUUUUUUCAUCAUCUUUGGUAUCCUUGGAGUGCAGCUUUUUAAAGGAAAGUUCUUCCACUGCCUCGGUCUGGACGUCAGAAACGUCACCAACAAGUCUGACUGCCUGCUCGCCAAUUACAAGUGGGUUCAUCACAAGUACAACUUUGACAAUCUGGGACAGGCUCUCAUGUCCCUGUUUGUCCUCGCUUCCAAGGACGGUUGGGUGAACAUCAUGUAUCAUGGUCUGGAUGCUGUGGCUGUGGACCAGCAGCCCAUCACCAACAACAACCCCUGGAUGCUGCUGUACUUCAUCUCCUUCCUCCUCAUCGUCAGUUUCUUCGUGCUCAACAUGUUCGUAGGCGUGGUGGUGGAGAACUUCCACAAGUGCCGACAGCACCAGGAGGUGGAGGAGGCCAAGCGGAGGGAGGAGAAGCGACUCCGGCGCAUGGAGAAGAAGAGACGGAAAGCCCAGAAGUUGCCGUAUUACGCCAGUUACAGUCACGUCCGUCUGAUGAUCCACAACCUGUGCACUAAUCACUACCUGGACCUCUUCAUCACCUUCAUCAUCUGUGUGAACGUGGUGACCAUGUCUCUGGAGCACUACAGUCAGCCUCAUUCUCUGGAAAUCGCUCUCAAGUACUGUAAUUAUUUCUUCACCAGCACCUUUGUGCUCGAGGCCAUGCUGAAGCUCAUCGCAUUCGGUUUCAGACGUUUCUUCAAAGACAGGUGGAAUCAGUUGGAUCUGGCUAUAGUUUUGCUCUCAGUGAUGGGCAUUACACUUGAGGAGAUUGAGAUCAGCGCCGCUUUACCCAUCAACCCCACCAUCAUACGUAUCAUGAGGGUUCUGCGCAUCGCCCGUGUGCUGAAGCUGUUAAAGAUGGCGACAGGGAUGAGAGCUCUGCUUGACACAGUGGUACAGGCUCUACCUCAGGUGGGAAACCUCGGCCUCCUCUUCAUGCUGCUCUUCUUCAUCUACGCUGCGUUAGGAGUGGAACUGUUCGGAGAACUCGUGUGUAAUGAAGAUUAUCCGUGUGAGGGGAUGAGUCGACACGCCACCUUCGAGAACUUUGGCAUGGCGUUCCUCACACUCUUCCAAGUGUCCACUGGGGAUAACUGGAAUGGCAUCAUGAAGGACACACUGCGCGAGUGCCCCCAAGGCGAGUAUAACUGUAACCCGAGCCUUCAGUUCAUCUCUCCGCUCUACUUUGUGAGCUUCGUGUUGACGGCGCAGUUCGUCCUCAUUAACGUGGUGGUGGCCGUGUUAAUGAAACACCUUGACGACUCCAACAAGGAAGCACAGGAGGAAGCCGAGAUGGACGCUGAGAUAGAACUGGAGCUGGCCCACGGUGCCCUCUGCUGCAUGGGAGGUCUAGCUGCAGGAAUAGGAGGAGGAGCUGGAGGAGAAAUGAGAGGAGGAGAAGGAGAGAAGCAGGGAGGUGGAGGGAAUGGUGGAAGCACUGAAUCUGCACCACAUUCACCUGGAGAACAUAAAACUAACAGCUCCAACAAACUGUACUCGCCUGUACAGGAGAACAUCUGGUUGGACAGUGUGUCUCUGCUCAUUAAAGACACGUUUGAUGGAGAGAUGUUACUGAUAGACAAGCUCUCAGGUUCCGUCUUCCAUCAUUACUCGUCUCCAUCGACAUGUAAAGACUACAAGAGUCAUCCGGAGGAGAUCCACAUGGCCGAGCUGGAGCGAGUGUCUCUGAGAUCAGACAGAGGUUCAGACCCAUCGUCCUCCCCGGCGCGCCCAGACGACCUCGUCCAGGACGAGCAGAACGUUUAUCAGAUGGAGAAAAGCUUGGAGGAGGCAGCAGGGGGUGAAGAAGCAGCGAGAGCCGAGGGCGGAGGUCACAGAUGGCUCCGGAAGACAUACACACCAAACCGCCAUAGCAUCGGUGGGUCUCUGUGUAGCAGCAGUUUUAGAAGAAAUGAUAAUGGGACUAGAAGUGAUUCCUCCGCCGUCUUCCGUCUUCCCGCUGAGUUUUUCCAUCCAGCAGCAGCAGCUUUACCCGUACCCCCGAGGACUCGCCCGGGUCACAAGCACAGAGGCCCGAGGCUGAGCUCUCCAGCAUCCUGGGCUUCCCUUCGCUCACCUGGAGCUAACAGUGAACUUCUCACAGCACAGUACGCAUCUCACAGCGACUCGUCCUUGGCCACAGGAAGCUCAGAGGGAAGUCUGCAGACCACUAUGGAGGAAGGGCUUAGCUUCAGUGUCUCAUCUUCACAGGAACCCAACAGAGGACUUUCCACAGAGACACUGAGACCAGCCUUUGACCUCCAUGCUAACAGAGUGGACCAGAGCAGCUGCCAGGGUUCUUUACAUAGUUCCAACAAGGCCUGCAACAGUGAACAGUUUUCAGAAACACUGAGCAGCCUUUCUUUAACAUCACUGCUCUCGCCGAGCUCUCUGCUGCCCCAACUGGUUAAUAAGAGCAACAGCACUGGAAGUUUGGCUCGGGGGAAAGUGGGAAAGGACAGCAAAGGGGAAAAGGAAGGAUCAGAGGGAGUGCAACUGAUUAGUCUUCGGGGGACAGGAAAAGAAAAGGAAGAAGUGUCGGAAGGUGAAAUCACGAGUCAACAAAUAGAGGCAGGCUUGAGGAAAAACAGAUGAAACCCUCUUUUUGCAUCACACCUUACGUGGUUUGCGACUUUUCCUCUCCGUAUUUUUGUUGCAUUUUUCUGCUCGGAGACGUUCAAAGUUGGACACGUGAUGUUCCGUGUUAGGAACAAAAUAAGAACAAAUCCUGAUCUAGCACUGUCUCUCUUUUCAUCCGUGGCCUGGUCCUGUUUUCUAUUUUGCUCGAGAGAGGGAUGUAGAGGAGCAGGAUCCACUCCGACAUGCACCUCUUACCCUACAGAGCAACAGAAGCAGGGGACAAUACAAACAACCACCAAAUACUAAAUCCUGAUGGUUGAGGAAGCUCAAAUCAGGAUGUCCAAAUGCAAGCGCAGUAGGAUGUAGCGGUUUCGUUUAUGUUUUGGUAAAUUAAAUGAGUUAAAAUGGAAAAUAUUCAUUGAUAAAAAAAAAAUCGGUAGCAACCUUGAAAGGCUACGAAGCUAUAGCGAGGAACUUUUGCAUUUUAUGGAAAGGGCAUGCAGCUGGGAAGAAAGAUAUCGAAAGGGAUGAAAAAAAAAAUCCAAGCUAUAUUUAGCAGCAUUGUGCACACAAAGUAAAUGCUUGCAUGCGUCUGCGUGUGUGCGCAUAUUCGUGUGUAUGCGUAUGUGCGAUUGAAGCUCACUGAAUUCGGCAUUGUGCAGAAUGCAAUAAGGGGCCAAGAUCAGAGACUCGUUUCAAGGCCAAUAAGCUGGAAAUCUAAUUGCUGUCUGCGAAAAGGAGCAAAAAAAAGAAAAAUUGUAAAAAAAAAAAAAAAAAAAAAACCAUUAUUUUGCAUGACGGCAUCUCUUCACAGACAACUUGAAAUUUAAAAACUCACACAGAUCCGUAUGACGAUGUCAAUGCCGGACGAUAGCAGUGUGAUUUUUACUGAGGUAUUUUUUUAUAAACAGGUCAGCAGUAAUGGAAACGAGGGAAGUUACACGUGUUAUUGUUGCCUUGUCCUCAGUCCAGCCCUACUGUCUCUCUGUCCAAUUUUAAAUUGUCUCCUGCAAGUGACUUCCGAUUUUAUAACUUCGGUAUCGGGAGGGGAUUUUGUAUGUGGGACGAAACGAACAAAAAAAGAAGACGAAGAAGAAGAAGAGGAUGAAGUGAUGCUUGGGAAUUUCUGACUACAAAACAAGAAGCAAAGAAGGACUGAGCGGCUCUUGCAUCACCGAGCGGAACCAUCGCGGAGCAGCUGUGUCUGAAUUAACAGAGAGGUUAUGAAGAUGUCGUAAGAGCUGUAAUUUGAGUGUCAUAUGACGUUACUAGGUUUAUUAGAUUUACAACGGAUCCGAUUUUUUCAUCAUUACUCUGACACGGUUGGUUACCGGACUGCAAUAGGAUGCUACAUGCUAUCGUUCCUGGAAUUUUGCUAAUCGCACUCAUUCGCUCUAUCGGUAGCUAGCUUAGCUCGACCGGCUCACGUACAUCUUUUAAACCUAUAAAUAUGGCACUCAAAAUACUGGAGAGGAGAUGAUGUUUUAGUGUAGUCCUACCGUAGCACUUAGUGUCCCUGAUGUGUUGCUUUCUGUUCAUAGGAUUCAGGGGUUAUCGUUGAAAAAUGUUUGGCUUGACCUGUUGAUGACUUUCUUUUUGACUGCUAGAGGUUGUCUGUCCAUAAUGUGGCGAUGUCAUCAAGUGACCAUUGUACAGAAUAUCAAUGGUGUUGUGGUUUAGUCAAGACUACACUAGUUCUCGUCACAGUGCUCGACACAGUGUUAGCUUUAGGUUUAAAGUGUUAGGUUUUACAGAUUUAUUUCAUGAAAAUCAAAGACACAAAUAUGAAGGGCUUUCUCACUUUCCAAGAUCAUCUUGGACAUUUGAAGACAAAUCUGCUGUCAGUGGACCAGAAAACAGAUGGGAACCUGACGAUACAGCAAUAAAGCGUAGCUUUGUGUAUGCCCUGCGUCUAAACACGUCUAAAUAUGAUGUUAUUACGAUAGGAUAGAAUAGUGCACAUAGUGGACAUAACCUUGGGGGCCAAUCGGAACACGCCGUUUCUCAUCGUCUGAUAGGAUGAAAUGAAUAAAUGAGGUCAUUUAGAACUCAGGGCCUUGGAACAUACCACUAAGGAAAGAGCUGAAUUUUCAGACAGGAGUAAAGGAAGGAAAUCAUUUUUGUAAUCUUUCAUUAAUGCAUCAUGAACAUGGCACAACACUUUCAUGCUCUCACAGUUAAACAGAUGACCUUCAUCUCCAUCUUAAAAUGUUUCUCUUAUCCGUUACAAACGAGGGCCGAGAGUAGAACCUGACUAGAGUUGUGUUUUAAACCCAGUUCCAAUUCCAGGAACUCUGACAAAUCCAUUCUGCCCCAUUGGACCAAUCCAUUUAAUGGUCCUCAGAAAGCCUGACCAAUCCCACCAACAUAGCAGUUAUUAUUCUUUGUACCUGCUGGCAAUAUUUUUAAUGACCCCAGUUGGUCCUGGUUUCCUAAAAUGUAAAGAAAUCGGUUUAAACCAUUUACACCACAGAGACGCUGACGCGUAUAAGGCGGGUGCUGAAGGUCAUGAACGAACUUGCAAGCACAACUCUGCAUCAAAAACACCUCCAUGUCUUCUGAAAGCUUUAUAACUGAUCAUUCCUUCCUGCUUUCGUGGGACCGCCAGUUCUCCUGAUUAUUUUUUUUCCUGAUGCACAACUCUAGUUUUACUCUCUGAAGCCACGGUCCAAUAGAGGCUUUAGGAACAUGAUGUUGAUCACGGUGGAACCAGAUGAAGCUUUAAAACACAACUUUCCUGAAUUUUGAAAGUUCUAAAUAUCUACAGCUGGGUUUAAUUGGAGUUUUAGCAAACUAAUAUUAGCACGUCCUUCAUUUGGGAUCUUGUGCUUGCAAGACAAAGUGUCAGAGUAGAAAUGUGUGACAGUUCUCACCUUAUCUCAAUCAGAUAGUCGAUCUGCUGAUUAGAUUAACAUGUAACAAAUAAAUAAAUAAAUAAAUAAAUGAUGCAUUAAUCUGGAAAUCUGAACAAACCCCAGUGGAUUAUAUGAGAGUGUCAUGUCAUGUUUAUGAAGGCUUAUGUAGGUUUAAUGUCUAACAGUGUCGAGUAUUAGACGGGGUUUUUAUCGAGCACUGGAAGCCGGACGGACUCGCCACCGUACCAUUACUGAGCUUGAACGUAUGUACUUAUAUCUUUGUAUAUUGAUCUGCAUGUGUGCUAUGCUACCAAUGACGAUGAAACCUUCAUGCACAGUUUUCCAGUCUUUUUAGGGGUGAGAAAGAUUUUCCGUAAUGGGACGCACUCCGUUUUUCCCACACCCUAGAAGUCUUCCUGAGUUAUGUGGAGCUGAAGCAGUGUUGGUGUACCGAUCUACAUUUGUAGAUGCGUUUUUUUAUUGACACGUGACAUGUCCAGUCAUCAACAUGUGUAGCCACGAUUGACGCCUGUCAAUCAGCUGCUCGUCAGAACCGGAUUCUGUCCCCGUUCUCUCACCCAGCACACUUUCAGCAUUCCCUUAACUCCUCUUUUUAUUCCAAGCUUCCUGUUCUCAUUCUCUCUCUCUCACUCUUUCUCUUAGUUAUUCCCAACAUGUCCCAUAUUUAGUCAGAACUUCCUGUUCUCAUUAACACCGACUUCUUGAUCCUUAAUUCCUACUUUUUCCCAUAUUUGGUCAGAGCUUUCUACUCUUUCUUAUUAACUCUCUCACUAGACUUAAGUUUGCUGUCUUCUUCCUGCUCAUGGCUCUGCGCAUAUUUAUAUAGAAAUGUAAUGUAACUUUUUUUCACUAAUUUUCUACUUCCUGUUUCCUGUCAGCAUUUUUUUUGUUGUUUUGUUUUGUUUUGUUUUUUUCCACCUGGUUCUGAACCUUGCCUGUUUUUCUUUUUUCUUUUCUCCCCCCUGUGUUUUGCCCCCUGCCUGGUGUACCCACUAUGAUUAUUGGAAUAGCCCAAAAUAAACACAACUCUAAUUCUUUGCACUUG